GUGGGCAAAAAGCCCCUAAAGAGAAGCGGCGCGGCUGCGGACGAGCCACAGUGAUGGAGGCCCCCAGCGGGAGAAGUCUCCGCCGGCCUUAGAGGAGAGCUUUCGACCCCAUGAGGAUGACAGCGCGGCCCCACACUGUGCGGUCAAGUUCAGCCGUCUCCAUCACUUUUACGUCACAGCGUAAAGCCACAAGUCUCUUCAACUAAACAUUUUUUUUCUUUUGAAUCAUGUGAACCUGACAGCCACAGGGCUCCUCGUAUCUCUCACACGCCUGUAUCCAGUACAGAUGUUUCUGCUUUGAUUUCAAUUUGGUAAAUACGUACUGCUGUAUACGUGCCAAACGCCACAGUGCAUCCAGGCCGUUAAGAGUUUGACAGCUCUGCGUCGGAGUCCCCCGGUAACACCUGUUGACCGGCUCAAAAACAUCCCCACCUAGUGUCAAUGUUUCCUCUGGAAGUGAUGUACAAAACAAAUCAUCUGACGAUGUCUCCCUCUGCGUGUUUGCAGGCCGGUGAGCUUCCUCUGAAGGAGCUGCUGGCUCUGUACGGCUACACGGUGUCCGAUCCGGAGAAGGAGAGCUGUCACAUGGCCGCCAGCCUGCCAGACAUGACGCUGGACAAGAUGACCGAGGGUAUGUUUCCUGGGGAGGAGGAAGAGGAGUCGUUGGCUGAUGAUCUCACGCCGUCGGUCGCCUCGAACACCUCCGAUCUGCUCCGAUGUAACGAACACGCAGGUGAAGACAAAGACACAUUAGUCAGCUCGUCGAACGAGGACUCUGACGAAGCAUCUAUUCCCUCCAAUGAAGAGCACAAGGAAAUUAUGGUUGGCUCUAUGUAUCAGGCCAAAAUCCCUCCACUCAGUUCAUAUACCUACCAGGAGAGAGCCUGCAGCAGUGACGACCAGUGUCUGUGGAGACCGGGAGUUCUCUCCGUCCAGGAAGUGGAAGACUUCUUGCUGAACGCACAGAGACCGUAUGGCCAGCAGGGGACAGCGUGCACACAGACGCAAAAAGACACCGUGCGAGACAACCAACAGGCGCUGUAUGAGCUUGUGAAAUGCAACUUUAAUGCAGAGGAGGCGCUGCGACGAUUACGCUUCAACGUGAAAGUGUUCAGGGAAGAGCUUUGUGCCUGGAGCGAGGAGGAGUGUAGGAGCUUCGAGCACGGCUUUCGGGUCUACGGGAAAAACUUCCACCUCAUUCAGGCUAAUAAGGUACGAACGCGCUCCGUUGGCGAGUGUGUGGAGUACUACUACAUGUGGAAGAAGUCCGAGCGACACGAGUACUUCACCCAGCAGGCCACCCGGCUCAGUCGUAAGAAGUUCAGCCUGCAAUCGGGGAGCAUGGAGGAUGGAGAACAGGACGGGGAGGUCGGGGAGCUGGAAGGAAGCAACGGCUCGUUGUCUCACAGCUCCAUGGAUGCUGGACAGCAUCAGUCCCCGUUACCCCCACAGUCCAGCCUGGAUCCACGCAAACGAGAUGGCGAGCUGGUGACGGGGUCGCCCGGCGUGUGCGGUGACGGAUGUCCCCGGCAGCUGUUCGGCUGUCCCUUCUCCCUCCCGGCCGCGGACGACCUGCGGGGUCCCGCCUCAGACACCUGUUGUCCCUCGGCCCUCGUUCAGCACCGGUCCCAGUGGGCCGGCGGCGGCGGCAGCCCCCUGUCCUGCCACGACGACCACUGCCUGCCAGGCUCCUGUUUUUACCAGCUGCACGUGUGCAGCGGACCUUUUGCUUCGGAGGGCCCCGAGUGCGAGGCCGCAGGCACGGGGGCCGGCACGGGGGAAUUCAGCCUGCCGUCCGCCUCGCCGCCCUCCUCUCCGGCCCUCCCGUCGCCCUUCCAGGCGCUCGGUGGCCUGCUCCUCCCGUCCAGCAUCCCUCGCUCGCUCACGCAGUGACGGGACGUGGGAAGUUCUGAACAUCUUUGAUCGGUGACAAAGAGCUUUUAUCUGACUUUGUGAAAAAAGGAUGGACCUACUAGCUGAGCCGGGGGGGUUAGUCGUCUGUCUGAACACUCUUUUUAAUCUGAGUCACUUGAACCCUUUGUCCAUUGUGGAAUGACCAGUGUUAAUCACCACUUUCAGGUGUUUCUUAGGCCUUCGUGGACAGUUUUUUUUUUUUUUUCUACAACCGGCACCACGGCUGAGCUUUUGAUUGACUGUGGCUCUAUGAACAGAUCUAUGAUCAACUAUGUUUACCAGUUUUUGUUUUAUUUUAUUUAUCAGGAUGUUUAACCGCAUCAGAUGUAAUCAAAACUUCUCCCAUGUGGAACCAAUCGCGUCCUCCUUUAGGUAUGUUCUGCUCAUCGCUCGGCACUUUGAGAUCUGAGUAAAAUCUCUGCGUUGAAACUAUGUGAAAAUUACUUUAUUUAAACAUCUUCAAUCCAAUGGGUAUUUUCAUCCUCCCUUUUUUGGUUUUGCACUCAUCCACUCCUGUCUGAAAACAAGUGAAACGGUCUCAAUAACUCUGGUUAAAUAUGAACAGCUGAAACUGAACAUUUAUUGAGGUCGAUACGCGAACAUGAUUGGAGGGAAAAAAGCAGCUCAGUGUUUUAUUUUUGGUUUUGCUUUCGUUAAAUUUGUCGUCCUUGUUCUUCAUUUGGAAGUCCACGUCAAGGUGUACAAAGGUGCAGUGCUUUGUCAUAACUUCUGAUCGCCGUUUCUAUCAUGUUGAAUAUCAAGUUUCAUUAAGAGCCUGAUUGACCCGCAGAAUGGGCAUAAAAUAAAACGUGAAAAUGUAAACUGUACACGCGAACAUAGUUAAGUCACUGAAUGCGAUCACUCUUCCUCAGGUUCUGCGACUUCAGCUAGUCUCCUUUCGCCCUGGACAGGCGCGUUCGACAGGAAGGUUAUUGGAUCGAGAUGCACUGUGUAAAAAUAUAUGUAACUAAAGGCAGGUUUGAAAUAAUGGGUGUAUCCCCCCCCCUGUGAUCCGGGACCGCUUAAAACUUAAAUGGGUUCUUUCUUUUGCCUCGUGCAACAUCCUCCCACCAAGUUUAAUGAACUAAGCUCCUCAGAGAGGUGAUGAUCGAGGUUUGGGGUCCAAAGAUCAAUCUAAUAUGAGAUGUACCGGUUCUUCUACCUACGUUCAAGUAACAUGUGAACAAAGGUGCAUAAGUUGAACGCAGCUGACCUGAAUUGUGGGUUUAACAGAAUAUCGUGUUUCUCUGAAAUGUUUUGCUCACUGACUUCUGCCAGAUGUAAGUAUACUGAGUAUCACAUGUAGAAGCUUUGGCAUUUCUUUUAUGUGUGUGUGUAUAUAAUACAAUUCUCAUCUAACCAGUGUUCCAAACCAUCCAUAACGCUGUGAAUUCUGUUGGUCAAAGGAUGACAAACUUAUAUUCUCAGUUGUCAUUUAACAUCUCAAAGUACAUCUAGUAUUUUCUAAAAGACAGACAGAGCUUCAGGUGAAGGACGACAAAAUAAAUGAUAAACUUAGCGUUUCAUCUCUCAGAGGAAUCCGCCUCUUCCAGGUUGAGAGUUGUUUAGAGACGGAACAUCUUGAAGUGAUGGUGUGAAUGUGAUACUAAAGAUUCUUGCAUUAAAUAUUGUUUUAAUUUACAUACAUUGAUGAGCUUAAAUAGAAAUAACUUUAUUUGCGGCUCCAUUCGUACAUAUGUGGUAUUUUCUUCUGCAUGAAAUGUCUGCAUAUUUUGCUCUCCACUCUAAACAGGUAAAGGGAGAGUUACAGGGGAGGAAAUGUUCGUCCUUCUGUUGGUUCCAUUUGUUUUGUAAAUGCGGGAGCUCCGCCUGUGAAACGCGUAUAAAGCCAAACCGGUCUCGUAUGUUUUGUGUUUGUUUACACGGAGGAAGGGAGGCGGCUUUCACACUGCUUUCUAUUCAUUUUUGUUUUUACUCUCAUUUUCUAGCAAUUUAUAUAUUGUAUUUCUUCCGUGUUUGUUUAUGAUAAUUAUAUUUUGUUAAAGAAACGUGUGAAAUAUCUAAAUGAACUAUAAAUUAUUUUUAAAAGCG